AAGACAGGGCUCCUCAAAGGCUAGCCCAGUUAUCUUCGUUUCCUCGGAUUGGAACGCACCGUCUUCGGUUCCUCAGAGAAGUGAAAGCAGCAAGAGGAAUCCAGUUAUUCCUGUCAGGGGCAGGCUUCCCGAGUCAGCUGAGACUGCAGAGGUGGCUGGAACCUGCUCUUUCCUCACAGAGCCCCGGAGGCAGAGGAGCGCCAGGAUGUCGCCCAGGCUGGCUGCCCUGCUGCUGCUCCUCUCCGCCCACGGCGCCCUGGGCCUGCGGAUCUGCUCCUUCAAUGUGAGGUCCUUCGGGGAGAGCAAGAGGGAGAACCACGGUGCCAUGGAUGUCAUUGUGAAGGUCAUCAAACGCUGCGACGUCAUCCUCCUGAUGGAAAUCAAGGACAGCAACAAUAUGAUCUGCCCCAUGCUGAUGGAGAAGCUGAACGGAAAUUCAAGGAGAGGCAUCACAUACAACUACGUGAUUAGCUCUCGGCUGGGAAGAAACAAGUAUAAAGAGCAAUACGCCUUUCUCUACAGGGAAAAGCUGGUCUCUGUGAAGAAAAGCUACUGCUACCCUGAUGAUGAAGAUGGAGACGUGUUUUCCAGGGAGCCCUUUGUGGUCUGGUUCCAGUCACCACACACUGCUGUCAAGGACUUUGUGAUCGUCCCCCUGCACACCACCCCAGAGACAUCUGUUAGAGAGAUCGACAAGCUGGCUGAUGUUUACAUGGAUCUGAAACACCGUUGGAACGCAGAGAAUUUCAUUUUCAUGGGUGACUUCAAUGCUGGCUGCAGCUAUGUCCCCAAGAAAGCCUGGAAGAACAUUCGCUUGAGGACCGACCCCAGGUUCGUUUGGCUGAUCGGGGACCAAGAGGACACCACGGUCAAGAAGAGCACUACCUGCGCAUACGACAGGAUCGUGCUCCGAGGGCAGGAGAUCGUGAACUCUGUUGUUCCAAACUCCAAUGGCGUCUUUGACUUCCAGAAAGCCUACAAGCUGACCGAAGAGAGGGCCCUGAACGUCAGUGACCACUUUCCAGUUGAAUUUAAAUUGCAGACUUCAAGGGUCUUGACCAACAACAAGAAAUCUAUCACUCGAAAGAAGAAAACAAACAGCAGCCACCGCUAGACCGAGGGCGCCAUCUUUCUUACCACUUCCUGUCUCUAACUCAAACAGCACUAACAGGUGUGGACGGCCCCCUGGUGCUCUCAGCAAGGCCAGCCCAGCCGCUUCCAGUUUUCGGCUCGAAUAUACUCUUGACCUCAGCUGAACUGAGAGGCGUCUUCUGCUAUCCCUCUUAGCUCCCCUUAACUGUCAAAAGGAGGCCGGGGAUCUUGGGGUCUAGGAGGGUGGUCUUCAUGCCAGGAGCUAGAGCCCCACCUGCUGUCCCUGUCCCUGCCCGACCCUGCUGGUUGGAGAACACCAGCUUUCCUGUUCCAUGGAAAAUGACCCUGGAUGCCAAGGCCUCACCUGAUGCCAUGGUUUGGGCAAUUAACUGUUUUAAAAGUCUUCCCCCUCCUGUCUGGGGUCAGGCCACCAUCAGGUGACACAGGGAUGAAGGAUGAAGGCCACUCCCACCUGGCCUCCCUGCCUCCAUUUUGUCCUCCUGCCACUCAGCCAGCCCUGGGACCAGUGUCAGCCUUUGAGACGCCAUUGACCACAGUUCACUCCCAUUUCCACUCCCUGCCGUGAAAUCGUCACGGGCCCCAUCAGCAUCUGGAGAGGGCUCAGUCUUUGGACACCCGUGAAGGUCUCCACUGUCUGGUGACUCGUGCCAGCCUGCCUCCCGCCACGCCCCAGCUGACUCUGCUUGCUCCAGUCCUUUCCCUGUGCAGCUGCGUUCCCUACCACGAGGCUUUGGCCCUGGCCCACGGGCCCUGUCCCACCCCAGAGCCUGGGCUAAGCACCCCCAGCCCACAUGUGCUGUGUGUUCAUUGCAGCAGUCGCCACAAACCCAGACCCUCCCUGGGCACAUGCAUGCCAGUUUGUGACCUAGGCCAGCGGAGACAGCCCGGACGGCAGUGUGAAGACCCCACUGGGAGUCCCUGUUUCUUUGUCGCUUUCUCUUGUGCAAGAAAUAAACAAAUAAACUUGGGGAAAAAGAAAAGUA